GGUCGAGUGAGUCCUCGUUGGUCGACUGGAAGGCGACCUCUUCUAGGGAUGUCCUAGGGUAAGUUACUUGGGACAGGUCCGUGACCCUACCCUAGGUACAUAACCCCAUCACUUGGCGAGCCAGGGUUUUGCUCCUUCUCUGAACAAUGGCGCUGCUGCCGUUGCUGCCCCAACUGAAAAUGUCAUUCCGUUGUUGGAUGUGGCCAGGUGGCAGACUGAGGUGGUAGAUUAUUUGAGUGAUGUGAUGAAUGCACACAUCUCCUCUGUUAGUGAGGAGAACAUGAACUUGAGAAACCAUGUUGAGUCUUGCAUGACCAGUUUGCUUGCAAUGAUUGACGGGCGCAACGCCAGCAAUGUCAAUUCGUGCAGUGAGAUGUUGGGGGGUGCGGUUUCAAGAGUAGGCGACUGCAGGCUGCGGGUGGUGGGUGGUGAGGUUCGCUUCGUUGAUAGUCAUGAACAUAACACGAGUGCUCUGGCUGAUGCCACCGGGAAAAGCAAUAUACAGGAGGCAACAGGUCCAUCCACUUAUAGACUCGUGAACCCGACUAUUAGGAAGCGCCUUGGAACGGAUCUGAUGACAAACUUGGGUGCUGCCACCGCCCUCUCACAGAGCAGUUUGCUUGGGUGGUUUCCUGUGGCUCCACCAAGUAAACGCUCAAGGAUGACGACUGACUACUCGAUUGCAAACCCGAUGGGGGUAGCUGUUUCUGAGCUGGAGGGGAAGAGAAGAGAUGAUCGUUUCUAUGCGAAGGCCAUGGAUUCAUCGGUUAAUGAUUUGUCUAGGGUCUGGUUCAAGCAUCGGCGCCCAUAUCACAUUGAGAUGACUGGUGAGCAGGUGGUGGAAGAGUUUCGCAUCGAAAAUGAUCUUGCAAGUAAAGGUCUUGACUCAAUUCUUCGUUUGGGGAUCUGCCCGCCCGCGUCAGGGAGGCUGAUCAUUGGUCCUGAUUGGGAGUUUAAAGUUGCAUACACUGCUGGGUACUGGAGGAGGGCAGAUGUCCGUGCGAUGUUUAAUGAACUACCGCCGGGGCUUAAGUGCGAAGUGGCCCUGGUGGUGGUGUACCUUGGUCAAGGAUGGAGUCUAUAUGCCUUUGACGUUCUCCGCAGGGUUCUUCAUGUGAUUGAUCCGAACAUUUGCAAGCCUGGUGAGAGCAAGAUCAAAGCAAAACACUUGCGGAAUGCGGGGGAGCUGCUAGAUGGGUUCAUCAAGUGUGGUGACAUGUUCUGGGGCGAGGGGAAAGUGCCGAACAAUGGAUGGUCUUACUGUUUCCACGCUACAUGUACCUAUGAGAGUACGGACACGGCGAUGCAGGUGGUGCGCCACAUCAUCAACUUUGUCCCUGGACAGCAUCCAAUGAACUUGACUGCGGGUGCAUCGGUUGCUCUCAAGAAGAAGCUCCUUCAGUCUGUCCUCACGAUGGCGGGUAAUGAUGGCAGCCUCCCACGCCGUGUCGAAGCAUGAUUGACAUUCCGGAAGGGCUGGUUUACCACAUAGUUUAAAACUCUGUGCCCUGCGUAUGUUGCAACCGCAGGGGCUUUAU